GAAGUUGUGAACAAUUUUGUUAAGAAUGAAGAAUACCACUUCACCGAGUUUAGAAAGAGAAUUUUUGUGAUAGGUCAAUUAUAUUCGCGCGUGUGCCUUGGUACUUUUGUUCUUUUAGUUUAGUGGAUUGGCGAUGUUGGUUUAGUGAGUUUUGUCGCUGCGAUCUCCAGAUUUUGGAUCCAGAUCUAACGUUUGGAAAUAGUCCAGAAGUUUGCAAAGCCUUUGUCCUCUGGAACAUUUCGCCAACGUAAAACUAAACUCUGCAGAUUACUAAUAAAAUCGUCGCACUUUCGAAAAUCAAACUUAAAAUGUGCGAGUAUACAUAAUCCGUUCGCAAAUGAAAGGGAAAAGCUGUUUCAGAAAAAUUCUUUUUGAUGGGUCUCUAGAUGAAGGAGUGAUUUGUUGGGUUGCUUGGAGAGACUAUUGAAAUGGUUUCAACGAGGCAGAUGUCUAUUGGUAAUAGUGGAACUUCUGAGAGUUCGGAACACUGUAGUACAAGCACUGACAAUGGUCCUGCUAAAUACACUCGAAAUAGUACGGCUGCUGCACAUUCCAAUCAAGGACAGUGCAGCAGUAAAGCCAUCGCCACCAGCAACAGUGUACCUUCAAAGCCACGUUUUUUAGAUCUACCUCAGGAAGUUAUCGAAAAAAUUUUCAGUUAUUUAACAUACAAAAAUAUAUGCCAACUGAGAUUUGUAUGCACCCGAAUCGAUCGUAUUUGCGGCCAUAUUUUAAAUUCAACGUUUCAACGUCUGCAACAUCAACUUCUUGAUCGAUUUCACGAAAUUAAAAAGAAAAUGCCUCGUCGAGAAAGCGCCAGAAGAAACCACCACUUAGCAUGCGAAAGUGACAUCAUAGAAACGCUUCACAUGAGAUUAACUCUCUUACAGAUGUCGCUUGGUAAACAUAUAGAACGCAAACAUUGUUGUUUCUUUCCUGGCGAGAUUCUGGAUGAGGUUUUACACAUUUUACACUAUAUCAAAGUUACCCCAAAAUUAGCACGUCCCUAUAAGGUCACUGACGAACUUUUUGACUUGUCAACAAUGGCAAUGGAAUAUUUUAAAGAAAAAAUUGAACCAGAUCUGCCCGAAAUUGCAUAUUUCAAUACAGAUUUCCUUGAUUUUGCUGGCAGUUAUCCUUCGACGAGCUCAAAAAGCUAUUUGUGUUUGGAUUCUUACUCUAUAGACAUGGAAGAAACGAAAGAUAAUGAUAAUCAAGUACAUGAUGUUCCAAAUGCUGACGCUUCGCAGGAAGGGGCGCCGCAGUCCAACAUCGUAUUACGUAAAGGGAUAAGGAAGAUUAAACAAGGAAUGAAAAGGUAUAACAGUCAGUUGACAAUUCUGCGACAAGAUGUGAGAUCUUGCAGACAAAAAGCUGCUGAGCAGCAAAAACUCAUGUCUGAGCAGCAGAAGCAGUUAGCGGAACAACAGAAACAGAUUUUGGAAUAUGCUUCUCGAAUGGACGAAAACGAAAAGAAGAACGAGGAAAUUUCGCGUAAAUUCAGUACAUUGUUACAAGAGCUUAAUAAGUGCAAGACAGAAUUGCAAUAUUGGCGUUCAAAAUCGCCAGCAACACCAUUGUUUUGCACCAGCUGUGGCAACGCCGUUCUUCCUCAUCCAGAAGAACUGGAAGCAUUGGUUAAUCAAGGGGUCAAUCCCGAAGGUUUUGGCUUAGAACCUCUUUCGGAAUUCGUUCCCAUUCCUGAGACUAGCGGUGAAUCGACUUCAGAAAUUCCAGUUGAAGAACCGGAGGCGGAAUCUCCGCUUAUAACUGAAUCGUACGUACCUAGCACAAGUACUAAAAGUACUAAAAGGAAAUUAGAUGAUAAGGAUACGCCGACGAGGGCGACCACGAAUAAAAAGUCGCGCAGGAUCGUGAAGGGGCGCACCAAUAAGAGAUCAAAAAUUUAAAUACGGAAAUGUUUUGAGAGAUGCAUGUUUGUUUUGAGAAAGCAGAGCUUCAUUUCAACAUUCGUAGUGAAGUGUAAACUAUUAUUUUUUUUUGUUCGUUUGGAAACCGCCUUUUAAGACUGGUACAGUGUUAUUUGUUUGUCGUGAAUUUUUCGAGCUUUUUCGUGCACAGCAAGGUUUUUGUUUAUCAUCACCUCCCACCAAAAAACAGUAGAAGUACAAUAUUACUCAGCUUUAAAGUAUUACAUGCUCUCCAUGUCUGUUGUAUAUUGUGUCUCAGGAAGUGUCCAUAUUUGCUAGCCAGUUUAGAGCAUUAUGUGUGAUAGACUAACUCUCUUGCCCCUUUUGUAUUUUGUAUAAAAUUCGCUACGGUGUAUAUUAUAUUGAAUGGAUUUCAUUUGUAGGGUCCAAAUUAAAUUUUCAAACGUGUUUUGUUUGGACACUGCCAGUUUUUGUGUAUGUUAACAUACAGUUACAACUUUUCUAGUACAAGAUUAAUUUUUAAUUUACUUAGACUAAUUUUUGUAAACAUUAACGUUUAGUUAGUUUCUUUUAUUUACAGUGUAAAUUGACAUGUAUAUUACAAGAUUCAAUAUUAUGCUUUACAUAGAAUAUUUUGCAUGAAGUAUUAACAGGUUUACUAAUUUCAUUAGUUUUUAGGUAGUUUAAUUUACUAAACAUUGUUGAUACACUAUAAUCUCUAUGAUUUCUAACUUAAUUUAACAAAAAGUGUCCUUUUAUUUUAUUCAGAAAUUUAGGAAUAGGUGUGAUAAUAAACACUACUAGAUUUAAAUUAACAAAGUAUAAAUUGAAUAAACAAAGAAAAAAAUUGUCUAUUUUCAAAUUUAAUAUAUGUACCUAUGUACCCGUAUUUUAUUUAGUUAAUAAAUUAUUUGUGUGAUAA